CGCAUUUCAAAAUUAAAGAUUACCAACAUGUUGUUUUACUCAUUUCGUUAAAUGGUGAAACGUGCGGAACAGAUCUUACACCUGUUUUUAUAGACUCAAUGUCUCCCCCACAUCAGAGACCCAUAAGGCGCCUUCUCGUGGCCAAUCGGGGAGAAAUUGCUACACGAAUCAUAUCAACAGCCAGGGAAUUAGAUAUUGAGACAAUUUCAAUCUACACCUCAUCUGAUGCAUCUCACACUUUCGGCUCCUCUCAUUCCGUACAGCUCACUUCCCCAGCAUCAUUUCUAGACAUUUCAGAACUCAUCACAAUUGUCAAGAAGCAUAGAAUAGACACUGUUCAUCCAGGCUACGGUUUCCUCUCGGAAUCGCCUGAGUUCGCUAGACGGAUGUGGGAUGAGGCUGGCGCUCUCGUUAUCGGACCUGGGCCUCGUAUUCUAUCGAGAACGGGUGACAAACUACAGGCCAGAAUCCUCGCAGAAGAAUGCCACGUCCCAGUACUCCCCGCUCUCAGAAUGCCCACUAAUGAGAUAUCUGAGCUUUGGAAAUUUGCUUCUUCAGUUGGGUACCCUAUUAUUAUCAAGGCUGUCGACGGCGGCGGCGGACGAGGGAUCAGGAUUGUUCAGAGAGAUGAAGAUUUGACUUCGCUGGCAAAGAGAGCGUUGCAAGAAAGUCCAAGUGGGAAAGUCUUUGCUGAGAAAGCUGCCGUUGAUGGAUAUAGGCAUGUUGAGGUGCAGAUUAUCGGCGAUGGGAGGGGAAAUGUGAGGCAUCUUUGGGAGAGGGAGUGCAGCAUUCAAAGACGAUUUCAAAAAGUCGUGGAAUUUGCCCCGAGCUCGAUACCAGAUCGAAAAUUGGUCGGGGAGGUGAUCCAUGCAGCUUUGAGCAUGGCGAAGAAGGUCAACCAUUCGUCCCUUGGAACUUUUGAAUUCCUCGUACGAGCAUCACCCCCAGAAUUUUACUUUCUAGAAGUCAACCCCAGGCUCCAAGUCGAGCACACCAUAACUGAGUCCAUUGCCAUGGGCAUCAACCUCGUGAAAAUGCAGCUUCUCCUCGCUCAAGGACAGUCCCUAUCAGAAAUGGGCAUCUCCCACCUUUCUGAAAGCCCCGAGACACCUGCGCCAAUAUACUCUCUCGAACUCAGGGUGACCGCCGAAGACGCAUCCAAUGAUUGGACGUUAAGCGUUGGCAAGAUCAACUCAAUUCGAUUCCCGGCUGGAAAUGGCAUCAGGGUCGAUAGCCAUCUUCUCCUUUCACAAGCAACAGUCAUUGGAACGGAUUUCGACAGUUUGAUCGCGAAGAUCAUCAUCACUGCGCCAACUUGGGACGAUGUUGUCCGAAAAGCAAAGCGAGCUCUGGCAGAUACUCACAUUGAAGGUGUCAAGACAAGCCUGGAUGUCCUCCGAGGCAUCGUUGCUAGCGAUGCUUUCGCCGUUCAGGGCUGUGAUACACAGUGGCUGGAAGCAAAUCUCCAGUCUGCCGUAGAAUCAGGAAAACGGAUUUCUUCUCAACUAACCAAUACUUCUACCGCCACAUUGAAUAAACCAAGUACUUCAGUACCAGUAUCAUCAAAUGUCCUCUUCCGCAAAGGAGACGCCUGGUCCAUCUCCCUCACUCCUGAAGCGUCCCAAUCAGAAACAACACUAACACCAGCACCCUCCCAUCUCCAACUAACCCGCAUCCACCGCAACGAAUUCCCAACCUCUCUCACAGCGUCGAUCCUCUAUACCACCCCUUCCCAACAAACUCCGAUCCCGUACACCCUCACCCUCACCCUCGCCUCAACAACCGCAUCUUUCGGCUCUCUCUCCAACGCUGCCACACACCGGCGCGGCGACCCGGGGAAUCAGAACCAUGUCAUUACCCCGUUUGCAGGGAGGUUGAUGGAGAUUUUGGUCGAUGUGGGAGAUGAGGUGAAGAAGGGGGAGACGGUGGCGGUUGUGAGGCAGAUGAAGAUGGAGUUGGAGAUUAGGGCGAGUAAAGGGGGGCGAUUGGGUUGGGUUUACGAGGGAGAAGCGGGGGAUGAGGUUGGUGAAGGGGUGUUGUUGGCUGAGAUUGAAGGGGGAGGUGCGAAGUUGUGAAGGGUGCGGCAUACUUGAAGCUAGAUGGCGGGCUUUAGACUCCAAACACCAGGAAAUGUUCUAAAUAAAGACAUCCAAUCGAUAUCGUUAUACUGGAUACAGUCGAGUCUCCACAAUGGAAGAUCUUCCUUGACUCC